CACACGCAGCACCAGUAGCGUGGCAUCAGCAGUCCGUGCUGGGGGCAGACCAGAGUGCACGGCGAAGAGGCCAUGCAAAACACAAUUCGCACGCUCAGAGCACGGGUGCUCUCGCUGGGUACAUCGGCCGCUGAUGGGAAGAACAUCGUAGCCUUUUCCGGCGGCGUUGAUUCGUCCUUGGUGGCCGCGUUGGUGCAUCAUGCCUUUCCGAGGAGCAGUCAGGCCUGCGUCGGCGUGUCAUCGGCGCUGCCUGCGGCCCAGCUGGACCUGGCACGCAGCGUAGCGAACCGUAUUGGGAUCCCUCUCACGGAGAUUUCCACCACGGAAGGCUCCGACCCCGACUACAUCGCCAACGAGGGCCAGAGCUGUUUCCACUGCAAGACGCACCUUUACUCCGCCCUAGAAGCGGUCGCCGUACAGGCCGGGGUGGAGUCCCGCCGUAGCAGCGCGGCUGCCGUGGGGGAUGGAGAGCCAAGCACGAGUGCCCUCGAGGGUGGUGGUGCUGAUGGCGCCGGGGGGAUUGUUGAGGGAGGGCGAAGGGUGGUGCUGUUCAACGGCACCAACAAGGAUGACAAGCGCGAUACCACUAGGGUUGGCCUGAAGGCUGCAGCAGACUUUCAGGUGGCAAGUCCGAUAGACAUGCUGACGAAGGCAGAGGUGCGGGCUGUUGCCCGAGAGUUGGGUCUGCCGAACUGGAAUCACGCCGCGUCUCCGUGUCUGCGGUCGAGAUUGGCCUUUGGAGUGCAGGCCACGCCAGAGAAGCUUGUUCUCGUCGAGAAGGCGGAAGACGCUGCACGAAAACGAUUAGACCUGGGCGUGUCCCACAACUUGCGCGUGCGAGCCAUGCACGGCAACAAGGCCCUGCUUGAGGUUGAUGCUGGUGAAAUCCUCGAGGAAGCCUUGCGAUCGAUCGAGGACAUCCGAUCGCUGAUUCUGCCGCUGGGGUUCGGUGAGGUAGACGUCCGACCCUUCCGAAGCGGGGCGGUUAGCGGCGGCCUCACGACACCGGUAGCAGAGCAGCAGAAGGAGAGCGAGGUGAAUACGAAAAACCUUGACGGCGUCGAGGUAUAUCGUGUGCACGGAUCAACGGCAGCGGCGAGAGGAGCUGGAUCUUGACAGUGACCGGAAUUAUGGUUGAUGUGUGAUGUUGGUUAUUGCUAUCGGUUUGCUUGAUGGUAUUCUGCAGCGCUAUGCACGCGCACGGUUCUGCAUGCCAAUUCAAGUCGGACACCUACUCGACACGAGCGAGCAAGUUGUGUGUUUUUCUGUAAAAAAAGGACAAGCAGAGGGCGCUGCUCAAAUGCUGGUAAAUCCGGCCGCACUUUGUUGUAUAAAGAGUUUUGACGGCUGUUGGGCUACGUUUUCAUGAGUGGAUCGGAUGCUGCAGCCGAUGUGCCUGGAGCAAGAGCAUGUGCUUUUAGUUGGUUUCCUGGUGCGGGGCGGUGCUGACGUAGGAGGCGUAAACACAUGAAGCGAGGCGUGAAGCGAUGGCGUACGUGUGCCACAAACGGUGGAGGGUUUGGGUUUCAUCGGCUGGCACCCCUCGAUGUGUAAGCAACAAUUUGGAGC